GCUUAGAAUUCGUAGGCUCGCAUUUCGUUCCACAUGUUCAAAAUGGCGGGAGAAAACGAUGAAGCUCUGAUCGCACAACUGUUCGAAAUUAACGCCUUCAAGUUUGGCAAAUUUACGCUUAAAAGCGGCAUAGACUCCCCAGUGUAUAUCGACCUUCGUGUCAUCGUCUCGUACCCUGAUGUCCUUCAGAGCGUUAGUAAGCUGAUGUGGAAUGUUGUCUCGGAUGCCGGUUUAAAGUUCGACGUGAUUUGCGGUGUCCCUUACACCGCACUGCCUAUCGCUUCAUGCAUGUCCGUCAAUAAUAAUGCGCCCAUGGUGAUGAGACGAAAGGAGGCCAAAAGCUAUGGAACGAAGAAGCUCAUCGAAGGGCAUUUUGAAGAAGGGUCAACUUGUCUAGUGAUUGAGGAUAUCGUUACUAGUGGGUCUAGCGUACUGGAGACUGUUGAGUCGCUGACUUCUGUAAAGUUACAAGUCACUGACACUGUGGUUUUACUUGAUCGUUGCCAGGGAGGGAAGGAUAAGCUGGAUUGUGCAGGAAUUAGGCUACACUCUUUGUUUACCUUGCCUAGAGUGUUAAAAGUCCUACAUGCACAAGGCAAAGUCGAUGAUGCAGUUGUGGAGAGUGUUAGGGAAUUUCUUGAGGCUAACCAGUUUAAAGCUACGUCAGAUGUAACUCCAGUGCCACCGAAAGGGAGAGAUCUUAGUUUUCUUAAGCGACUUGAGAUGAGUAGCAAUCCUGUAGCCAAGAAAGUGUUUAAGAUAAUGCAUUCCAAGGAAACAAAUCUGGCAGUGUCUGUUGAUCUCACUAAAAGUGGCAACAUUCUAAACCUUGUCAAUCAAGUUGGCCCUCAUGUUUGCAUAGUCAAGACGCAUGUAGACAUCAUUGAAGAUUUCACUCCUGGUUUUGUGGCUUCAUUGCAAAAUCUAGCUACCAAGCACAACUUUUUGAUAUUUGAGGACAGAAAGUUUGCAGACAUUGGUAACACAGUGAAACAUCAGUACAGCAAAGGUAUAUACCACAUUUCUGACUGGGCUCAUAUCACCAAUGCCCACCCUGUUCCUGGAGAAGGAGUCAUAACUGGACUUAAAGAAAUAGGGGCACCCAAAGGGAACGGGUGUCUGAUUAUAGCAGAGAUGAGUGCAAAGGGAAAUUUUGCUAAUGGCGAAUACACAAAAGCAGCGAUUGAGAUGGCAAAAAAUCACCAAGAUUUUGUAUUUGGGUUCAUCAGUAUUGGAAGUAUCGUAGAUGACCCUGGCUUCGUCCACAUGACACCUGGGGUCAAGCUUAUCAAGGGGGGUGAUGCUUUAGGUCAGCAGUACUUGACACCAGAGGAGGUUGUCGGCAAGAAGGGGAGUGAUGUCAUAAUUGUGGGGCGUGGGAUAUAUGAAGCUGAAAAUCCUGCUUCUGCUGCCAUUGAGUAUAAAGAAGCUGCCUACAAGGCCUACCUACAGAGAAUUACCAACACUGGCUUAGGGAACCAUGUUUCCAUGUGCUGUUCAAGAUGCAAAUGAACAUGAAACAAUCAACUUGGCUUAAUUGCCUGUAUUUGCAUUUGGAAAGGGAGAUGAAGGAACAGGGCCUGCUGUAAACCUUAGUCAAGUUGUGUAGAUACUUUCAGUAAUGUGAAACAAAAAACAAACAAAAAUGGUACAAAAUAGACGUUAAGAAAUAUAAGUAUAUUGUUUUGUUGCUUUCUUGCAUUCUCGCCCAUUUUUAUUAUUAUUUAUUAUUAUUAUUUGCUGGUCAUAAAGUUUGUCAUAUUUUGUAAGCACAUGCUUGGGAAGAGGUGUGAUUUUUUGUCUCACAGCUCAAAGUAAUGAUUCACAUACAGUAUGAAGGAAAGCACUAAGCUGCAAUGGAAUGUAAAAGUUAUUCUUGGUUUUCUAUUGGUAAAUAGCUUGAAAUCCUAAAGAAUACAGUAGCAAUAGGCAUUUAGUUUAGACAUUUGAUUUCAGUAAAUAUUUAGAAUAAAAUAUAUGUGAGGAA